ACUUUGAGAGUACGUGACUCCCCUACCUCCAAAAGUUCACACAUUAAGAUUGCACCCCCCAAAAAAACGUCUCAAAUUAGAAAACUGAAUCGUUCUCUCUCUCUAUAUCUCACUCACACAGUCACUCUCUUGUUGAGUCUCCAGUCCACCUUCCCCCGUCCAAUACGGAGAUGCAGAAAUUCCGUGCGCAACAAAUCUAACAAACAACUUCAAAAACUUGGAAAUCAUCAAACAAAAUCCCCAUUUUUUCACAUUUUGAUUUUUGAAUAUACGCACACAUCAACUCUACGUUAACAAACUUUGCUUGCUUGCACGAUCUUCCUCCUCUUUUCUCUCUGCUUAGAAUCUUUCAAUAAUAUCAAAAGAUUCAUAGAUUAAACCAUUUAAACUACUCUACUUAUUUUUUUUGUCCUCCAAUAUAGAACUACCAAUUCAACACUUCUUCCUCGCUUUCUGGCAAAGGAAAGGUUUGUAUCGUUGAAGUUGGGUGUUUGUUAAAUCUGGAGCAGUGUUGAUUGUUGACUUUCUGGUGAAAGUAGUGUAUCGUAUCUGAUUUAAAAAGUUGUUCUCAGGUCGUAGGACGUAGAGUCCGUAGUUGCUUGACCAUACAUUUGUAAUGGCUGAAGAGACUGACCACAUUUCAGUUAGUAAUGAAACAAAUAAAGCUGAUGAAGAGAUUUCACCAGAUCAUUCUAUGAAAAAGCCUCGUGUUGCGAAGAAAGUUCCUCACUAUCUUCGAGCUUCUACUGGUUCCUGUCACGAGGCCUGCAAGUAUGGGCAUCCCCACAAAAUCAAAGAUAAGCCAAUUCGUCCUGUACGAAGGAAAAUGUCGGCAUCACUAUCAGAUGGUGGAAACAGAGUAGAGAUUCAAAUUUAUGUUGAUAAAAAUGUUCAGAAAAGAGUUAACUCUGAUGAGCUUAAGCUUCCACACGCCAAGGAGUCUGCUCUUGCUAGUACUAAAUUGAAGCAAGAUUCCUCAUCAUUUAGAAAAUCCCCUGUUCAUGAUUCAUCAAAACUAGUUAGGAAAGAAGCUAGAUCAUUGGCCAAGUCUCCUUCACCUGAUGUGCCAAAAGUGAUCAAGAAGGUAGUUGUUCAAUCUACUGUGAAGACAUCUUUCUCUGAUACCUCAAAAAUGUCGAAGCCAAAAGUUGCGGAAAAGAAUGUUACACCAAAGCGGAUACCUCUAAAUCCUAAGGAAAAGAAUGCUUCUGAGGGUUCUUUGAAACCAAAUGGUAGGGGUGAGAAGCCGUCAUCUUUUCCCAAUCCCUUGAAAAUCUCAAAGCAAGAAGUUGCUUCGGCUGCCAAGAAAAAUGUUCCAUCAAAGAGGACUCCUUUGAGUCUUAAGGAACGGAAUGCUUCUGAGGGUCUUUUUAAACAGAAUGGAAGGAGUGAGAAGCCAUCAUCUUCUCGAGGCUCUUUCCAUAGAUCAAAUGGCAAGCAGACUAGGGAAAGUAAGAUGGGUGAUAAUCCAAGAACCUCUAGAGUUGCUGUCGUAAAGACUGUGGGCCCCUUGGCUGCCCCAUUGCCUCUAAGAACUCCAAAAGUGGAGGUGAAAAAGCUCGUGCACCCAACAACAGCUGGUAAAAGGUUAAAGGAUCAGAGUCGGAGAAGUCCAGCUUUUGCAAAGAAUCAGAUAUUAGCUGACAGACCUGAAGCAAAGGAGCCUCUUGUUGAGAAGGCCGAGGAGAAAACAUUGCAUAUGAUUGACGCAAAGGAGGAUUAUCUAUCAACUGCUCCAGAUGCUGGGAUUUUGGUCCUCUCUCCUACUCCUUUGUCGCCAGAGUCGCUCAAUUCAUCCUCCGGAACAAACUCUCUCUCUUUCACCUCUCAAGAAGUUGAUGAUCUAUGUGAACUGGAUUCAGAAUAUACUGAUGAUAGUGAGGCUGAUGACUCAGUCUUGAACUACAAUAGCUCUGGGGAUUCAAAACCAGCUGAUAGCUUAAAAGAGAGAGAGGCAGUGACCCAAAGUUCUGAGGGUCAACACCCCGGGACUUUGAAGCUGAAAUUCAGAAAGGGAAAGGUUAUUGAACAUCCAUCCGAAACCAAAAGUCCAAGAAGACUGCGGUUUAGGAGAGGCAAGACCUUGAGUGAUGAUAAGCAAGCCACUAAUGGUGGGGCUCAACUGAAGAGCUACAAGAAAACAGCUGCUGACGAUGAGACAACACAAGCAGAAAGUGGUCUGGUCCAGGUUGUUUUAAAGCACCAAGAAAUUGAGAUGAAAAAAGAUGAGCAAGUUUUGUUGAAUAAUGUGAUCGAAGAAACUGCGAAUAAGCUUGUCGAGAAGAGGAAGAGUAAAGUAAAGGCUUUGGUUGGGGCUUUUGAAUCAGUGAUCUCUCUCCAAGAACGCAAGCCAUCUGCUGCUGAUAGAUAGCACUUGUGAUUUGACUGGUGCUCGUACGAGUAACUAACAACGCUUCCAAUGUGGAGCUUGCAGCCUGUGUAAGCUUUGCUAGGUUGAAGAAAUGUAUAUCUAACUUCUUUUUUUUCAGUCCCCUUCUGGGUUCAGUUUGGAAGUGUGGACUACUACUGUCGGGAAUGGAAAAUGUAAAUGAACUGAUUUCUCACAUAAAUAAAAUUUGCUUGUUUUGGUGA